AUGGGCUCCAGAAGACAACAAGCUCCGCCCACUUCGUCAGAAGCUCCUCCUCCGGCUGGUAUUGCGCCAUCUUAUGAGCUCAGACCGAAUCGACAAAUGGCACACCCUCCAGUCGGUCGCCGGCACUCUUUCGAAGAUUUCGCAAAUUUGGAUACAGUAAUCGCCGAAAUGCUACAGAAUAUCUCAGAAAUGACACAGGUUUUGCAGAAUGUUGGGAGCGAGGGUCCAUGCACAUCCACAUCAUCCAUUGAACAAUCUGUUUACCUAUCUUCCACAUUUGAAAAUAUCCAACCGAUGAUGGUGGCGUUGAGCCAGAAAGUUCAGCAGGGAUUGGAGAUUUUCCGUCCACCAACACCCCCAUCCUCCUCAUUGCUUAGAGUCACCGCCGAGAAGCUUGAAGAAAUUGGCGAAUUCACACUAACCGAGAGAAUUCGAGAGAAUCCACAAGCGCUGACAAUUGCCACGUGGCAGAAUAUGAAUUCAACGUUCCGAGUGUUCUCAUUGGCUGAUCGUCAAGUCAUGGGAUAUCUUCGUCAUCUGAAAUCUCAGGUUCCAUCAGCGAUGCCAAUUUUCCCAAGACAUUUGGAUUCUGGUAAUACGUUUAUUGCUCUCGGUGAGCAUGGAGCUUACUUUUUCGGAGAGGAAUUUAUAUGCCGAGCACCAAUGCCGAACGGAGCACAGCAAAGACGACAGAAUCCGGCAGAGCAGCAAAACGAAAUGGACACCGGCUCUGACGUCUUCUGGUAUGAGGCUUCCGACACCGAUGAUGAAACUACCGAUUGA